AGUGCUUUCCUUCCUCUCUAAUUCGUAUUUCCGCACUCUGCUUGUUUACUAUGUUACCUAAACACACCCACAAACACGAUUUUCACCACCUCCGCGAUGCACUUUUAGGCCCUUCGCCAGAAGACUCUCCUAAACUCGGCGAUCUUGACCGCGAAGCUAAAAGUAUGAUAGACGUCUGUGAAUCCGCAGCGCAUGGGGAAUUUGGUGAGCUUCGUGGAGCAGCAUUCUACAACCGAACCUGGAAUGUCAUCGAUCGAUACUGCAGCCUAGGGGAUGGUAUAGAUUCUCUUGUACGUCACAUCCACUCUAUGUGGCAUAUGUAUUACCAGCUUGGUGUGCAUACGGAGCACGAUACGUACGAUCAAGACCGUUUGGUCCUUGAUAUUGUCUGAAUUCAGGGAUUAGGACCGCUGACCAGGCCUGUAACUGGGAACUAUGGCAUUGAUGUCGCAAGAACAAUUGAUGGCACAGUGUGGAAUGAUCUUCCUUUCUUGGCUAUGGAUAUGACUGAAUUCUGGGUUAAGAAUUGUGCGACCUUGAAAAACGCCCAAAGACUUAACCUCGCAUCUUUCUUUGCUAAGCUGGCGUCAACCCGCGUUAGUAAGGAUCGCAUCUGCCAGAUCGGCCUUGUGUUGUUUUCCUCUACUUUGGAGGAAAGACGCGGGAUUGUCGGAGGGGAGCCUGAUGAACUUGCUUCACAUCAGUGGAUCUCGACUCUCGAUUUCAAGCAGCUUAUGCCGGCUGUAUGCGCGUGGAUCAAGGAAGCUGGCCACGUUCUUAUCCAGUUAUCCGAAGUCUCAUGGAAUGAGUGCCCCAGCAAAAUCGGGCAGGGUGGGCCUAUAUUUCUCGAAUCGGAAUUCGGGAAGCGAUCACCAACUGGAUUCACGCCAUGGAGAUGGAUGUACUGGCUUAAGCGCCUUCAUGAAAUUCGCGAAGAAGCGAAAGACGCAAAUGAGAAGAUUCUUGAGGAGCAGACAACUGAUGCUAUUGAUCGCAUGGUUAAGCAAGUGCAUGAGCGAAAUUCUGGAAUUCUCAGAGCGUAUCAAGACGGUGGGGACUUCUUGAAGCAAGACGAGCAUUUCUCAUGCUUAAAGGGUUGAUAAGCCAAACAAUUUCAAAUUUUCUUGCACUCUGUACUUAUAUUUCCGAGUCAUUUCACAGUCCCAAAAUCUUAGCCCGCUCGCUCUGCUAGACGAAGGUGAAGUAUCUUAAAUGUAAAAUGUUAGCUGAACGAGUGACG